AAAAAAAAAAAAGGAGUGAAUGGUGAAUGGGUAGAAUCACGAGUCUCACAACCGCCCAUCGCCCACCCCGACUCACUCGCCCACGCCCAACCACAGCCAAGCCGCAGAGAUGGAUGCGCCCGAGGAAGACGCCGAUAUUAAGCUGCAGAAAGUAUCCAGCGAUUUGAUCGCCGACUUUGAUCGGUCGCUGCAGUCGUUUCUGCACAGGCCCGACGGCACAGUGCGGGGGCAGGUGCGAUCACACGAGGCGGCUCGUCUGGCAACGACGGUGAGACUUUUCUUCCUUGUUUACUCGAGACAUGGGCUGCAUGGUCGACAGCACCCGGCGCUGACCGCCCGCCCCCUCGUCGUCGAUGCCUCCAGCUGCUCGAGCCCUUCCAAGAGCUGCCCCAGCUGCUGGACCCGCACCUCUCCCGCUGGGUCCCCGCUCUCGGAGAUGCCCUCGUCGACUACCUCGCCGCCCCCAGGCGCUCCAGGACCCGCUCCGUCAGGGCCGGCCUGCUGAUGCCCCUGCCUGCCGCCAUCUGCAAGCUGCUCUACACGCUCUGCAAGAUCAGGGGCGAGAAGGUGGUCGUGCGCUUCCUCAGCGUCGAGACCAGGCACCUGGAGCGCCUGCUGUCCGCCCUCGAGGACUCGGAGAGGUCGGCCGCCGACGCCGCCGCCGCCUCUGCGGUGCUCAGCGAUGACACGGCCGCUUCUCAGCAGGGCGAGCCGGCGGCCUGCAUCUGGACGUGGGAGGAGCGCUACGUGGUGCUGCUGUGGCUGUCCCACCUGUUCCUGGCCCCCUUCGACCUGGCCACCAUCUCGUCGGUAGACCUGGCCGAGGACGACCUCCCCGACAUCCCAGGCCUCCGGUGGCCACCCAACAUACCGGGAAUCACGCUCAGGAUCCUCCCCUUGGCGCUCAAGUACCUCGGCUCUCCGGGCAAGGAGAGGGACGCGGCCAGGGCGCUGCUGGUGCGGAUCGCCAUGAGGAGAGACAUGCAGGAGCUCGGCAUCCUCAACGCCCUCGUGCAGUGGUCGCUCGACGCCCUGCGGCCGAGAGGAAAAGGCGCAGGAGGUGCAGGAGACGGCGGCGGCGGCGGCGGCGGAGUGUAUGACGUUGCCGUGGGUGCCCACUCGUCGCCCUACCACUACAUAGGCGUGCUGUCUUUUCUCGCUGGCAUGCUCUCCUCGUCGUCCAACACGUCCGACAUGGACCGGUACCUGACGGCCAUAUUCUACGCCGCCUACAACGUCUCGUCCGGCAGGGACGCGGCGCCGACCUCGAGGCUGAUCGCCUCGUCCGCCCUCGCGCGCAAGACCAUGAUCAAGGUCAUGCGCUCGGUCACCGUCCUCGUGCUGAGAAAGCCCCUCGAGGAGAGCGGCGGCGGCGGCCCGAGGAAGGCCGAGACCGUCCUCGUCGAGACCGUCGUCGGCCACCUGCUCGACCUGCUCUCCGACAACGACACCCCCGUCCGGCUGGCCGCCAGCAAAGCUCUCAGCGUCAUUGCCCUCAAGCUGCAGCCCUACCUGGCCGCCCAGGUGGUCGAUGCCGUCCUGGAAGCGCUGGACCACAACGCUCACUGGGCCAAGCCCGCCGGCGGCGCCUCGCCUAACACGCCUGCCCUGCGGAAGCGGGAUCUGUCGUCGGUUGAUCCCCUCGAGUGGCACGGCCUAAUGCUAUCUCUCUCUCACCUGCUCUAUCGACGAUCGCCACCGGCGGCAAGUCUCGCAUCCAUCAUUCGCGCCCUCGUCAUCGGCCUCUCGUUUGAGCGCCGUGGCCCCUCGGGGACAUCUAUCGGCACAAAUGUCCGCGAUGCCUCAUGCUUCGGAAUUUGGGCCUUGGCCAGGCGCUACACGACACCAGAACUACUUGCCGUAAAUACCGGAAUUUUUGAUGCAGAGUCCAACAUGGGCAGCAGCCCUUUCGGAGCAACAUGCACUCCCACCUCGGUCCUGCAGAUCCUAGCCACCGAGCUGACAGUGGCGGCUUCGUUGGACCCCUCGGGCAACAUCCGACGAGGUGCCUCGGCGGCUCUCCAGGAACUGGUCGGACGACACCCAGACAUGGUGGAGCAGGGAAUCUGGCUUGUACAGACGGUCGACUAUCACACCGUGGCCCUUCGCUCGCGUGCCGCAAGCCAGGUGGCGGUGCAAGCCUCCCGUCUGUCUGGGACCCGGUACGGCGGGGCCGUGCUCAGCGCUCUGUUGGGCUGGCGCGGCGUUGGCGACGGCGAUGCGGCCGCGAGGAGGGUGGCUGGCUCGACAUUUGGUGCCGUCGUGCACGAACUAGCGGCCGCCACUACCGCCGAGCCUACGUCUACAGCUUCCCCUGAUGCUCCAACAACGGCACCUGAUUAUGACCUUGGCAGUGGGGAUAACCGUCUCAGCCGACUCGCUUCUGCUUUCGGGCUUCUAUUUCAAACCCUCAGCAGCCUUCAGACGCGGCAGGUCGAGGAGAGGCACGGCCUGUUGCUGUGCCUCGCCGGCAUUUUAGAUGCAGUCCCCGAGCUUGCUGGCCCAAUCGGUGGCCGGGCUAGUCCGAGCGGUGAACCCGCCGUGGCGCUGACGCCCAUCGCCCCGGACCACCUCAUGCACCUCGUCAACACGACAGUUUUGCCCGGCCUCACGCAUGCCCUGGAGAACUGCCUGGCCACGCCGUUCCGUCAUCCGGAGCUCAUCGCCGAGGCCGGAAGCAUACUCAUAACCUCGUCUUUCCCAAUCUUGCAGAUAGUGGCUUUGGGACACAGCCUCGAAAGUAAGCUGCUGCCUGGUGCCCACAUGGUCUCGUCCACGUCCAACCAGACCAGUCUCCCGAGCCUCCUCACGGCGCUGGACCAGGCCAGGUCCAAGUCCAGGCGCGGCCAAGCCAUUGAUGAGCUGCUGGCAGUCUUUCAGAGGGCUGUCGAUGACUGGCUGGCCCGCACCGAAGGGGAGGUCAUAGCCGCCGCCUCGGCCGCAUCGCUGGUCCUGCUGGUGUUUUGCGAGAACGAGAAUUCGGGCACAGUCAAGAGCAGAAGGCAGCUGGUGGGUCAGUGGGCCCGUCUCCUGCGGCAAAAUCCCACCACGACACGGCCCGGCGUCGGAACAGGCUACUUCUUCGCCGUCGCCAUGGCCUACCCUGUCAUAUCCCACCUCGAGACGGCCGCGGCAGCGUCGUCGCCUCCAGAGGAUGGCGGGACCGGCGGCCACUGUCUGAGGAGGCAGUUGAUCUGCAAGCCCAUCCUGGACCGGUGGUCGAGCGACCGCAAGACAGAUACCCGGGUGGCGAUCCUCAAGAGCCUCACGGAAAGCGACGUGCUGAGAGAGAACAUGACGGACCUUCUCGCACUCGUCACCGAGGGCCUGGACGACUACACGACGACGGCCAGGGGUGACGUCGGGUCGCACGUGCGGCUGCAGGCCAUCAAGGCGACCAGAGCGCUAUGGGACAAAAUGUUUGCGACUCCAGGCGCCGGCGGCGGGUUUGAUGAUGACGCUGUCGACACGGCCGUCUCGGCUCUUUUCCUUCGAAUCUUGCGACUUGCGGCGGAGAAGCUCGACAAGGUGCGAUGCGAGGCGCAAAUGACGCUCGCUCUGACCUUGAAGCCACGAAUCGCCGGGGACCUCGGCAGGUCGACAUACUCGUCGAGAAAGUACUACCGCUUCCUCCUGAAUCUGCUCACGGCCGCCAACAAGCACAUGCUCCCGGCCGUCUCCAAGGCGGCUCAGCGCGACCCGGGCCGGUGGAUGGAGGAGCUGAUGGCGGGGUACGUGACGUCGGCGGAUGCGGGCCAUGAGGAGCUAGUUAUUGCCGGGCGGACCGCCUUGUCGGCCUACUGCGCCCGCUCGCGCGCGAACCUGGACCGGGCGUGUGGCGCGCUCGUGCGCAACCUCAAGCGCUACUCGUCCGCCUCUUCCUCCCCAACCCCGCAGUCGACGCCUGCCCCUGCCCGUCCGGAACAGGGGUCACAGCAACAGAAUGAUCGCAUCGUAGUGCCGACGCUGUCCAUCGUGGCAUUCCUGUUCCACGUCGGGCUCUUCCAGCGCUGCAGCGACGUCGACUACAAGGCGCUCUGCCUGUCGGUGCAGCGGUGCGGAUACAAGACGGGCAACGUGCGCAAGCUCGAGGCCUGCGUGCGGGUAUACGGCGCCAUCGCGGGGAUGGGGCAGCCCCAGCAGCCGAGGGGGCCGGAGCCGGAGCCGGAGCCGGAGCCGGAUCCGGACGAGAGCGAGGCGGAAGAAAACGGCGGGGGAGAGCAGCAGGAAAGGGCACGACAGGACCAGGAGCUGGCAUCGCCCCGGCCGGAGCAGAAGAAGGACGAGGGCGUCAGGGAGGCGCGCCGGCGGCUCGGGGCGCUCAUGCUGCACCCCUGGCCGCGGGUCCGGACGGUGGCGGUGGACGAGCUGUGGGUCCUGCUGUCGGCCGAGCCGGCGGGCCCGGCCGACAAGCUCAAGGGCGUGGACUGGGGCACGGCCGACAAGGCGGAGAUCAGGACGCUCGUGGGACAGCUGGGGCUGGACUAGGGUCGGCGCAGGUGGCGUGGUGAGCACAUGCCAACCAGGCCAAUUCGGUGUCUCGUCCGGCGGGUGCUUGUCUAGUCUUGUCUUGGCCAGCCAAACGGGGGGCUGGAUCCGAUGGCAGAUUGACUAUAUGGUACACCUAUUGGAAGCACAUUGUCCCACGUCACGGCGAACUAGAGAAGGCAUCAUUUCCCUCACUUAUUUUGUGGUCUUGUCGCUUUUUGCUCCACCAAUUAGUUUGUUUGAAACUCUCGUCUUCCAUUCUCAUGUUUGACCAUUUCAAAUCGAGCCAAGUUCCAGGCCUCAUCAGCCAAAUAGCAACAGUGUUGAGUUGGAAAUCAAAAGAACCUUUGUA